AUGGGAAGACAACAACCGUCUAUUCGGAUAGACCAGGCAGGGACAGAGCUGAAUGCUUCUGGCGCCUAUGAUGGCAAGAUCGAUGACGAUUUCCCCCGCGACGACGCUGAAAUCCGCGAGGUUUUCGAGUGCGUCCUGGACGACUUGAAGAGUGAUGAGGAUUUCAACCAGUCGUUCUUUACACAUGUGCGAUAUCAAGAGGAGUUUUAUACUUUUUCCAAUGGCAAAAGCUUGAAUCCUGGGUUCGCCUUUGAUGCCACAUCAAAAGAGCGCAACAUUGUUCAUCAUUUCAUCGAGCGUUUCUCUGCAUCACCACAAAAACCGGAGACUGUGGAGCGGGUAAAGACUUUCAUCGGAAUGUCUCUGAGCUUUCAGCCUGGCUUGAUUGGUGACGGCCUGGACAAUGGUAGCAGCCCACUGAAUAAAGCAGCCUCAGAAGAGGGAUGCUUAGGGAUUAUUGAAGCGAUUUGCCAACACUGUAUGGAGAAAUCAAGACCCCAACGGUUCAAUGAGAUCCAGGAGGAUACUGCGUUUAACAGUGCUAGCUUUACAGCCGAUACUCUCCUGGAGGAAGGAGGUCAUGACAAGACCUCCCGAGUGGCUUGGUCUGAGCUUGUCCGGACCAACCAGGACACGUUUCUUCACUCUGCCAUCAAAAAGAAGAAAAAUAGAAAUGCCCACUAUUUUCUUGACUACCUCGAGCAGAAUGGCGUGGCGAAACUGUACCUGGAACAUUAUGGUCGCGAUGGCCUCACACCCCUUCAUCUAGCUGUCGACUUUACACAUUGCUACGAUGAUCAGGUCAAACUUGUCGAAAGGCUCAUUAAUUUAUGCCCAGAAGCACUCAAAAUCAGAUCUGCCUCCUAUCGUCAGCCCCAGCCUGCAUGGAAUGGGGGCAAAAAUCCACAAUUCGGAUCCAAUAUCACUUCCUGGGACCGCACUCCCCCAACUGAUUUGAAAGAUAAUUUGUCACCAUUCCGGUACUUCUUGGAUACGAGAGAGCGGCAAGAGAACAGCGCAGAUAUUCUAGCCCGAAGCUAUCGACGAACAGCAAGACCUAAAUCGGGGGGAACUUUUGAGCACGGACAAGCAAUGGAAGAACUUCUGAGGCUGAGUUGUAUGCGGUAUUAUGGCAAUGAUCGGCCAACCAUCACGGCUCUUUUACCUCUUUCACUUGGCCAAAUUCAUUUCGACCUCAGCCCGCGAACCGAAGUAUCAGGAGAGUUUCUGAACCACAUCUCUAGGUCAAGUGUCAUGAGGUUUGAACCUUAUCUUCAGUAUGUACACAUCCCUGACCUUCGGGUGGUGAACGUGAGGAUGGAGAAACUGGAGUCAGAACCUUGGUGGAAGUCGCGUAGCCGAAAAGACUAUGUCUACCUUUUCGAGUGGUUAAAGACAUCAAUGAAAGUCCAGAAGAUCUUGGAGGUUGUAGUCGAUGAUCAUCCAAACGACUUCCACAGCGAUGAGAUUAUUGAAUAUUGCCUCAAACGGUUCGACGUAGAGGCUCUGAACUGGGCGAAAAUGGACAUGUGUAGCGACACCAUUUACGAAGCAGCCAAGAAUGUUCGGGAUCUAAUCCUAUAUUGGAGUGGCAACAGAGCAAUUUUGAAGAGCUGGGCUGCACCUGAUGGACUGGCACAACUCAGAGAGUUUAUCGAAUCCCACGACAGAACAGACAAGAUGAAAAAGGACUUCGAACAAACUUUUGACCUAUCCUGGAAAAUGUGGAGAGAUCAGGAUAACUACUCUAGAAAUCGGCCGAAAAUCGAUUGGCAGCCAUCUUACUCUCAAUCACAUGUGUCGAAGCGGCUUUCAGAAUCGGAGAGAGAAGAGAAAGGGCGCAAAGAGAAAUGGCUCAAGUGCAUGGAGAAUUUCUCCCGCAUCCUCAGGAAUGCGCUGAAUAAUCGCUUGGCUAACAAUAACAAGUUGACGUCUGAGGAGACAAUCAAGGUAGCCAUCAUUGAUGAUGGUUUAGACAUUGAAAAGGACGAUAUCUGGAGAAAUGUAGCUCUCGGAGAGACAUUCUACGACAACAAGGGGCAUUGGCCCGGGUUCUACCAGAGUGCAUAUGGUCACGGCACUCUAAUGGCAAAUGAGAUACGCCAGAUCUGCCCCCGAGUUGAGUUGUACAUUGCCAAAUUGAAUGAGGUUUGGAGCGAUGGAAAACCUCAGAUAACUGCCAAGUCUGCAGCUCAGGCUAUCGACUGGGCUCGAAAGAACAAAGUUGACAUUAUUUCCAUGAGCUGGUCUAUCGAGUCCCCAGACGAGGUAGACUUGCUGAAGAAUGCCGUGGAGAGCGCUAUAAAGGACAACAUUCUUCUGUUCUGCGCCUCGGAUGACCAGGGAAACACUGGUGGCAAAGCCGUAUACCCCGCUCAGGCCGCUUCCGAGAACAUAUUCAGAAUUGGAUCUGCGACGGUCCUAGGCCUUCCGGAUGAGGCUGUACAAAGCUCAGUUGACUUCAUAGCCCCUGGCUCUGAAUUCGUGAAAAGGGCCGCACAUCAAGAAGACAAGGGAUUUGCAGACCCGCGGUCCGGCUCGUCUAUAGCUACGGCUCGGUGUGCAGGUCUUGCGGCAGUGAUCCUUCAAUGCAUUAUGUUGAGCCAGAAGAAAUGGAACAAGAGCCAAGUACGCACGCACAAAAAUAUGGCGGCGAUGUUGGAGCAGCUCGUUGAUGAUAAGGACACUCACAAGUAUCUCAAAGUGUGGAAAGUCUUUGAUAAGGCUGUGGAUAGAGCCGAAUUCGGUCCAGAUUUCGAAUGGGAAGUGAUAUGCGACGUUGCGAGCAUCUUUCAGGGAAGAGCGGAUUGGCUACCACAGUCCAAUGCGCAAGUCAACAACAGAGAUGGUGCUCGGAGGUAG